AUGCAUUUUCCGACCCAGUCCUGGACCUUCUGGUCCGCGGCCCUCCUAGCGACUCCCACCACCGCCUUCAUCUCGCCGCUCCGCGCCCGCCAAGCCGACGACACCGCCGCCGCCUUCGACUGGACCUCCAUCACGCCCACGCCCGACCUGCAGUACCACUCCUGCUACGGCACCUUCCAAUGCGCCCGGCUGCGCGUACCCCUCGACUGGUCCAAGGAACCCACCUCCCACUCCAACGCCAACUCCUCCUUCUCGUCCUCCUCUCCAGGCCCCUACGCCGCCGUCGCCAUCGUCACGCUCCCCGCCACCGUCCCCGUCUCAGACCCGUCCUAUGCCGGGCCCAUCCUGAUCAACCCCGGCGGACCGGGCGGCUCGGGCACCCAGAUGGCGCUGAGCCUGGGCGCCGUCAUGCAGGGGCUGGUCGACGUCCCCGGCGUGCGCCACUACGAUGUGCUCGGCUUCGACCCGCGCGGCGUGGCGCUCACCACUCCGAGCGGCUCGUGUUAUGAGAACCAGUUCGACCGCGCCGUGGAUGCCAUGGCCCUACGCGGCAUGCCGACUGCCCUGAGUGAGCAGGGCGUGAACAUGAGAUUUGGUGCGAAUCACGCCGCGGGUAAAUUGUGCGAUGAGAACGUCUUCAAGUAUCUGUCGACUGCGUCGGUGGCUAGGGAUAUGUUGGAGAUUGUGGACCGGAGCCACGAGCUGAUCAUGAAAACUGCCGGUUCGAAUUCAACUCGGAAGGCUUGUGGUGGGGGAGCGAGCGGGGACAAGCCGAGACUGCAAUAUAUCGGCUUCUCGUAUGGGACUAUCGUGGGGAAUACGUUUGCUUCCAUGUUUCCGGGCAGGGUGGGCAGAAUGCUGCUAGAUGGGGUUGCCGAUGCCGAGGAUUUUAUGUCAGGGUCCAAAAAGAACAACAUAGAGGACGCCGAACCCUCCGUUGACGCCUUUUACCGCACCUGCUUUGAUGCCGGGGCCAGCUGUCCCCUCCGCCAGAGCAGCGACACCAGCUUCGCUGAUAUACGUGCCCGCGUCAGCGCCCUUCAGACCAGCCUCCAGGAAGCUUCCGUGGCGACCGUCUACAACAACCGGGUUUACACCAUGACCUCGUACCUCCUUAGCGAGAAGAUCCGUACCUCCCUCUACGAGCCUAUCCCGAAAUACGAGCCUCUUGCCAUCGCCCUCGCCGAGGCCCUCGCAGGCAACUUCAGCUCCAUCCUCGCCGACGAGACCGUGAUGGGCAUCGACCUCCGCUCCAACGUCUGCACCGAACCCCCCGCCAGCGACCCGCCCCAGGAGUACAACUUUCCCUACGAGGCCGCGCGAGGCAUCAUCUGCGGCGACUCGCAGGCGUCCGCCGGCAAGCGCGAUCUCGCCUGGGCGGCCGACAUCGUCGCCCGCACCGUCAACCAGUCCUCUUCGAUUGGCGAGGCCUGGUCCAACAUUGGGCUGGCGUGCGCCGACUGGUCCAUCGCGCCGGCGUACGCCUUUGCGGGCCCCUUCGGCAGCAGGGCGCCCGACAACAGCAGCAACACCCCCGCCGCCCCCCUGCUCAUCAUGUCGACCAAGACGGACCACGCCACGCCGCUGGCCAACGCGUAUGCGCUAUCGCGCAUGCAUGGGGGCUCGGCGGUGGCUGUGGUCGAUGCGGUGGGCCACUGUGGGCUGUUGGCGACGAAGAGCACGUGCAUGUAUGGCAUUGCGCAGGAGUAUUUUCAUACGGGUAAGCUGCCUGUGAAUGGGACAGUUUGUGAGCCGGACUGUGUGCCGCAGAUUCCGUUCAAGGCUUGUCCUGGGCUGCCGGGGGCGUAG